CCUUCGGCGGCAGCGGGGCCUGUGGGGCGAUGGCGGCUGUACGGGGCCUCCGUAUUUCUGUGAAGGCGGCUGAGCCGGAGCCCAUGGAAGUGGAGGAAGGCGAGCUAUUGCUUCAGGCCGGAGCCCCCGCUACUACGUCGCCUCAGACGGCGAGGGCAUCGGCGGAGGAACUAACCCUGCCGGUCGGGCGCUCGCUGAGGGAGCUGCUGCCGGACACUAGCAGAAGAUAUGAAAACAAAGCUGGGAGCUUCAUCACUGGAAUAGAUGUGACUUCAAAGGAAGCAAUUGAGAAGAAGGAGCAAAGAGCAAAACGGUUUCAUUUUCGUGGAGAAAUCAAUCUUGCUCAAAGAAAUGUAGCACUGGAUCGAGAUAUGAUGAAAAAAGCCAUCCCCAAAUUGCGACUAGAUACCAUAUAUGUUUAUGGUGUUGAUGAAAUGAGCACCCAAGAUAUUUUUGCCUAUUUCAAGGAAUAUCCCCCUGCUCACAUUGAGUGGCUGGAUGAUACAUCUUGCAACGUUGUUUGGCUUGAUGAAGUAACAGCCACACGAGCACUCAUCAACAUGAGUUCUAUGCCGGGGGAGGAAAAAAUAAAACCCCAAGAAAACUGUAAGAAAAUAGAAGACUCCACAAAGAAAGAAAAACAGGAGGAAAGCUCAGAUGAUGAAACAGAGGAAGGCGAAGUAGAGGAUGAUCAUCCAAGUGAUACAGAGCUGGACACUUUAUCCCAGGUGGAAGAAGAUUCCCUUUUGCGUAAUGACCUUCGUCCCGCCAGUAAGCUGGCCAAAGGCAACAAGCUCUUCAUGAGAUUUGCCACCAGAGAUGACAAGAAGGAGCUUGGAGCUGCCAGGAGAAGCCAGUAUUACAUGAAAUAUGGAAAUCCUAACUACGGAGGCAUGAAAGGCAUCCUGAGCAACUCAUGGAAGCGGAGGUAUCAUUCACGCCGGCUUCACCGGGAUGUAAUUAAAAAAAGAACUCUCAUUGGGGAUGAUGUUGGCCUGACACCCCCAUAUAAACAUCAUCAUUCAGGAUUAGUAAAUGUUCCCGAAGAACCAAUUGAAGAGGAGGAGGAGGAGGACCAAGAUGAUGAUCAGUAUAUGGAUGAAGAUGAUCGUGUAGUGGUGGAAUACAGAGAUGAACUGCAGGCUUACAAGCAGUCUCGUGAACGGAGUGCUCGGCGGUCCAGUGCUAGCGAAUCUGACUCCGACGAAAUGGACUAUGAUCUUGAGCUGAAGAUGAUCUCUACUCCUUCCCCCAAGAAAAGCAUGAAAAUGACUAUGUAUGCAGAUGAAGUAGAGUCUCAGUUGAAGAGCAUUAGAAAUUCAAUGAGAGCGGACAGCAUAGCUUCCAGCAAUGUCAAGAAUCGUAUUGGAAGCAAAGGAGCUUCAGAGAAAGUUGCUGAUGUGAGACUGCUGUUGGAAGAAAAAAGGCAUGGGAAUCCUGGCCUGCACCAGCCCCUGAGCUCUGUGAAAUCAGAUGUCCGACAGAGGCUUGGCAAGAGACCACAUUCACCAGAAGUCCCUCAGCCCAGCAGCAUCUCUGCAUCUCAUCGUGAGCCUAUGUCUGAUGUUCAUAGUCGUCUAGGGAUCCCCAGGCAAGAGGGGAAAGGCCUUUAUUCAGACACCAGAGAGAAGAAAUCCGCAAAUCUACGGACACGUUUGGGAUCUGCAUCAAAAACACAGGAAAAAGUCCCAGAGAGAGCAGAAAAAUCAUCAGUAUCACCAGAAGAUGACGACUCUGAGCUCCAGCGGGCAUGGGGGGCUCUCAUUAAAGAAAAGGAACAGUCACGCCAGAAGAAAAGCCGACUUGAUAACUUGCCAUCACUGCAGAUUGAAAUCAGUCAGGAGAGCAGCUCAGGCUCGGACACGGAAUCAUGAUGGCCUUUAGUGCACUCCUUGGAGACUGUUCCAUGGCUCGAAAUUGACUGCCUGGCCUGGGCCCAGCAGCCUUUCUCUGCCAAAUGUCCAAGGAAUCUCUGGCACGAGAUGAUCUUGCAUGGCAGAGGUGACUUUAACAGAAUGAAAGUGUGAAUGUGUUUGUAUGUGUGUAUAUUAUUGCCCUAGGAAGCAGUCAGGAUUUGUAGAAGACUUGUAUCUUCUUAAGGUUUUCCAUUAAGAUGGAAACAAGAUUCUGAUAUUCCCACAAACGAUACGGAAGUUUCUUGGUUGAUCACUUUUGCCUUUCUGGUUUUUCUCUGGUGAGCCAUUAGGGCUGGCUCUGCUUCUGCUUCUCUCUCUCCAAAUGACCAUGAAUGUAAAUCCAAGAAAGGACAAUGAAAGUGUUUUCUUCUCUCAAUUCAUGUCAGCGGUUCCGAAUGUGAUUCCACCAGAACUGGCUCUCUACGCUGGAGAGUAAUUUCUUACCUAAAAUGAACAGAUGAAAUCCUAAAAGGUGCUUUUUGUUCAUUAUGGAAAAUAACUUUAUUUCCAUGUGUAUAAUGUUCAGUGGGAAUAUUAAUUUAUGCAUGUGUGUGUGCAUACACAUAUACACACACACACACAUAUCUAUUUGUGGCAGAGAUUUUUGCUGGUUACAGUAAAAGCUACUAUUGUGGCUUCAUAUAUGCACCAUAUAUAUAUAUAUAUAUAUAUAUGGUGUGUGUGUUUGUGUGUGCGCGCACACCCAUGCGUGCAUGUGUAUAAAGUGGAUCUCGGCACAUAGCAUCCAAUAAAAGCCUCUGCAUAAAGCCUUUCGAGAUGAGCAGAGGUUAAGUAAAGAUUAGUUUCUGGUAAAUCAUAGCCCUGUUACUGGAGGUGUGCAUAUGUUUUGUCACUAUUAUUGUCAUGAUAUAGAUAUCUGUGGUAGAUUCUCCUCCGUAUCCCCUAAAUUGUAUUGUUUCUUUGGCGCUCUUAUCUUGACAGGUAAGUGAUAAACUUUUAUCUGGGCAGCUUCCCCCAUCCCCUGGCUUCUUCCAAUGCAGGAAAUAGGUAUCUUUCAAGUUUCUGGCCAGUAAGACAUGUAGCAAACCUUUUCCCCAGCCUGCUAGACUUCUGCAGGGAAUGUACCUCUUUAGUGCCAUAUUUAAUACAUUUCUUGGGUCUUCCAUCUUUUCCUUUUGACAAAAUGGGAGCAUUCCCCAUUCUUCUCCACAGCUUGGGGGCUUUGGAUCAUUAGUUUGGAGUUUUGUGACACAGAAGAGCAGUACAUGGCUUAGUAAACCACUUCCAUUAACAAAUCUUGCAAGGAGGAGGAGGUCAGUUAAAAGGUCUUGAGGACUUUCCUGUUUUGUACUGAUUUUCAUUUGUUUAAAUGUGGAUUCUUAAGAUUAUAAAUGACAAAGUAAAUGUGAUGUUUGAUCACUGAAGGAACUGUUUAAGUGCAUAUUUUUCCUCAUCUAAAGCCUAAUUAUUUAUAUACACACAUAUAUAUACACACAUAGUUAAUAUAACAAUAUUUGUAUUACAAAUAAAAUUCUGAUCUUAA